CCGGUCCGGAAGCACUUGCCAACACUUCCGGUGGUCUGGGACCUGUGGCUUCUUCGGAGAUGUCUUGGGUUAGAGCGGUUCCCGAGAUCCCCAGCUCCGGGGAUCAGGACGUGUUUGAUGAGGAAGCGGACGAGACUCUGUUAGUGCAGCGGGAAUGGCAGGGACACAUGCGGAGACGAAUCCAAGAAGGGUACAGAGAUGGAAUAGAUGCAGGCAAAGCAGUUACUCUUCAACAGGGCUUCAAUCAAGGCUAUAAAGAAGGUGCAGAAGUCAUUAUAAACUAUGGACUACUCAGGGGAACGCUGAGUGCUUUGCUCUCCUGGUGUCACCUUCAUGGAAAUAGUUCAACUUUGAUCAGUAAAAUCAAUAACCUUCUGGACGCAGUUGGCCAGUGUGAAGAGUUUGUGCUCAAACGACUGAAAUCAGUUGCUCCACAGCCCCAAGUUACAGAUUUAUUGGACUCCAUUGAGGAUAUGGACCUUUGUCAUGUAGUUCCAGCCGAGAAAAAGAUGGAAGCUAAAGAUGAAAGACUCUGUGAAAAUAGUGCUGAGUUAAACAAAAACUCUGACAAGAGUCAUAACGGGAUAGAUUGUUCUCAUUCAGAAUGUUGCAGAACACAAGAGCACGAACAUUUGGAAAAACCAAGCCUCACUUGGAUUCUGGAACAGACAGCCACUUUAGUGAAACAGCUGGGAGUAUCAGUAGAUAUAUUGCAGCACCUGAGACAACUCUAAAAUUAUCUCCCCUUUUGGAGUGGAAGUAAUACAAUAUUCCUUAGAGCAUUGUGUUUCUAAAAAAAGAUAACCAUUGGUUGGGUACUUCACCUGUAGUUACCCCUUGUGGAAUUAUGAGGGGUCUCAGUUGCUAAUAUUAGUAAAUGAAAUAUAAGCCUU